UCUUGGAACUUGAGUCGAAGCGUUGCCAACACUGGCUGCCAACAAUUUGAAGAAAAGUCUAGUUUGAAAUAAAUAUAACCAGUCAUAUUUUUAUAUUUUAAUCAUUUUAAUAAAUAUCAGAAAUAUGUGGCACAAAUAUGAAAGCAACCGCAACCACUUUUUGCAGUCCCAAGUUAAGUUUUUAACUUCAGCAACAAUCAAUGGAAUUACGAAAUUCCAGGCAAAACAAAGCACACUCAAUCAGUGUCAACAUUACGCUUGCCCGGAUAAUAAUACAUCUACGUAUUUUGACGACCGUGCCGAAUUGGCGUAUGGACUAGGAGCAUUGCCCAAGCUCUUGAAAGAAAUUGGAAGCGAUGAUGCCACAACACAAUUUAGGGCUAUCAACUCGUUAUCGGAAUAUAUAAGGAAUCCGUUGCAUGCUCAAAGGGCUAUAACGCAAUACCAAAUUGUAAGAAGAUGUCAAAAUCUAUUGUUGCGUCUACGAAUAAAAAAUCAAGAAUCCAAAUGUAGAGGUCUGGACUGUUUACUAACAAUUUUUUAUUACAUCUCAAUGCAUUUAAAUGGCGUCCAUCAAAUUGUACGUAGUAAUCGAUUGUUAGAUCAGAUCUAUGAAAUAGUUAUAAAUCGCGAAACCCAUAUGCCAAAGGCUACAAAAAUUUUGGCUUUGCUUAGCGGUCAACCCACUGCCUCGUUAUAUUUAAUUAACUCGUACAAUGUCUUGGAUAAACUCAAAAGUAUUUGGUCUUGUGAUAUAUGUGCUCUAUACUAUCCCGAGGACUUGUGGUUACAUUUACAACAUAUUUUGGAGUACAUUCCCAAUGAGGCGGUGAAGUGUGGCUUCUUCGAAAUACUGUACAAACGCAUAAAAGGUCGCCUUUUCCAAUUUCAUCAGUUCGAUUUGAAAUGUUUUGCUUUGCUAUGCCGCUCCGAGGAAGGACAGCAACGUUUUGGGGCUAUCGAUGGCGUCAAGGAAAUGUAUGGAAUUCUCAAAGAUCCCUUGGCGAAACUGGAUACUUACGAGAAUGUUGUACUUACUUUAAUGAAUGGAAUUAUGUCCAAGCAAGUGUUGUGGAGAUGUCGCGAAUUCCCGGAUCUACCACUGGUUAUAGCAGAAUUGUCGAGAGACACGACAAAUUCAAAUAUGCAGCUGUGGUGUUUUCAGCUUUUACGUGAAUUGGGUGAAAUGCCUUGCAUCAAGCGUUUUACAAGGGCAACGUGUUUGGAAAUAUUGAAGAACUGCAAAGGUCUAUCAUUAAAAAAUGAAGGAGCGCGCAGUGAACUUUUGUAUUGGCUGCAAAGGGAACUCUACCAUACUACCAACUUGCGACUGAAAUCAUUAGAUAUUUAA